AGGCUGAUAAUCAGAAGGCACAGUUGCCGAAGGUUCAAGUUCCCCUCUUCGAUGGCACCAAUGCCUCAGCAUGGGCGGACAAGUUUGAACAAUUGGGCAGUUGCUGCGAAUGGUCUAGUGAGAAGUUGCUUCAAAUGGUGAAGCGAUAUUGUAUGGUCGAGUACAAAGAGGAGGUGUCAGAGUUGGUGCAAGCUUCAUGCGACUGGCCGGACUUCAAGGUCAAAUUAUUGGACAAGUACCAAUUGGGGGAUCAACUGCUCGAUCUGGCGGACUUACGGAAGGUUAGUCGUCGGAAGUUUGGUACGGCUAAGCAAUUUCUUACGGAGUUUGAGCGGGUUGCGCGCUUAGUGUCUGACCUUCCAGAUAAGGAUCGGUGCCUCAUCUUCCUCGAAAAUUUUUCAGAAGUUGAGCAGCGAGAACUGAUGAAGGAUAUGACUGGGCGAUACGACUGGCCAAGGAUAAAGGAAAAUCUGUUGGCCGGAAGUUUCGACCAAAUGCUUUACCGUCUCCUGAAGCAGCAAAAGGAGGACCGUGAGAAGGAAGGGGUAAGCGCGGACAAGGAUCAAGCCGUUUACAAGACCCUAACCGACAUGCGGAACAUGAUGGCGGACAUGAAGGAGGAAAGGCUAAAGCUACAGGUGAUGAUGGUCCAGACAAAAGGUGGAAAAAGGAAGGGCAAAGCACCCGUUGUGGAGGAAGUGAGUGGUAGCAGCAGUGAAGAGGAAGAUGAGGAGGAAGAGGAGCCUUCUCGAAAAUUGACCAAAGCAGAAGGGAAGGCUCUGAACCAGAUACGAGGAGGGCAGGGCACUAGUAAGAAGCAGCGGAAGAAUAAUGGAGGAGGUGGACAAGGAAGUAAUCAGGAACAGGCGGCUCCAACCCCUCCUCAGCAACCCCAACCUCGGGCAGGAGGCCGAGGUCGAGGCCGAGGUCGAGGUAAAGGACAAGGCACUGGGGGAGGCCGAGGAAAUGGGGGCGGCCGAGACAAUUGGCAGAAUUGGUUUUGGAAUCUCAUCGAUCCCAAUGUGGAGGGAGGAAUGAGAAAGGAAGCUUUUCGACGUAUGGGGCGAGAUCUUCCAGCAACUUUUCGACUGCCUUCUCCGGAAGAGGUUGAACAGAUUGAGUUGGAAGCGACGAUGGAGUCAUUGACAAUUGAGGCUGCCAAGGCCGGAAAUGGAGGUUUGAGCAAAGGGCAGGAAAAUAUACUGCAACGAGCUCAGACAGUGAUCGGAAAAAUGAAACGAUGCAGGAAAACUUUUGUUCAAGUAUGUGCGGAUAUGGAUGAAGAGUGGCCCCGGCUUCCCCAAGUUUUUCUGUUAGGAGGAUGGGACAGAGACGGCCAAAGAGGUCUUACUGAUGUUACCGCAUCACAACCUGGAUUGUCGUCGGCGGGGCGUUUGAUGGCCACCACGAUCUUGUCCCGCCCUGCGCUCAAGCGACCUGCCACUGCUGGCCUCCCACAGGCUCGGAGGGCUCGAAGGUCGCCGCGGCCAAGGGCAACGCCAGAAGGAGGGCCAAGCCAGCCUCGGGAAACCGAGACGAUUUCGAUUGAAGAAGACGAUGGCGAGGAGGAUGAAUUGCUGCGAGCCGAAGAUGAGAGGCAGGCCAAACAACGAGCCGUGGAGAGGGAGCCAGAAACGGGCAGGGCUGAUGUUGGGGAAGGAGAGCUGAAAAAGAAAAAGCAAGUCUACACAAUUCCAGUAGAGCAAGGGAUGGGUAUUGAGCAAAUCGUGGAUCGGAUUUUGGAAAGCCAGCGUGAUUUGUUCACGCUCAAGGAGUUCUUGGCCGCUUUUUGGGGGACUUGCGGAUUCUGGCGCAUCUUCAUUCGCAAGUUUGCAGCAAGGGUGAAGCACCUACGAAAGUUGGUGCGUAAAAAUCAAGAAUGGGAAUGGGGUCCAAGACAACAGGCGGCGGUGGACGAUAUCAAGGCUCAGUUCCGAGAAGGAGGAUUGAUCCUGGGGGUCCCGUGCUUUGACAAUGACCCGAAUCGGCCCUUUGUGGUUGAAACGGAUGCAGGCCCCACAGCACUGGGUGGUGUCCUCAUCCAAAAGGAUGGAGAAGGGCGAGAAAGGCUAUUGAGAUUUGAAAGUCGAAUGUUGAAUGAGGCGGAACGGAAAUAUUCCCAAUUUAAAAAGGAAACCCUUGCAGUGCUUCAUUGUUUCAAGAUCUUCCGAAACUAUGUGUUUGGGAGACGGUUCGUCCUGCGGGUGGAUCCAACUGCCCUGGCGCAGUCACUAAGGAAUUACUCUCCCUCGGAUCCAACUAUUGCUCGAUGGUUGAUCUAUAUCUGGAUGUUCGAUUUCGAGAUCAAGCGCAUUGCAGGAGCGAAAAAUCGAGCAGAUGGAUUGAGUCGGAUCGAGUGGGACUCCUCGAAAGAUCAGGCAGAAGACUCGGUUCCUGUGGAUGGGUUCUUGGAGGCGGACGAGCAACAAUUAACAUGGGCGGACAAGUUUGAACAAUUGGGCAGUUGCUGCGAAUGGUCUAGUGAGAAGUUGCUUCAAAUGGUGAAGCGAUAUUGUAUGGUCGAGUACAAAGAGGAGGUGUCAGAGUUGGUGCAAGCUUCAUGCGACUGGCCGGACUUCAAGGUCAAAUUAUUGGACAAGUACCAAUUGGGGGAUCAACUGCUCGAUCUGGCGGACUUACGGAAGGUUAGUCGUCGGAAGUUUGGUACGGCUAAGCAAUUUCUUACGGAGUUUGAGCGGGUUGCGCGCUUAGUGUCUGACCUUCCAGAUAAGGAUCGGUGCCUCAUCUUCCUCGAAAAUUUUUCAGAAGUUGAGCAGCGAGAACUGAUGAAGGAUAUGACUGGGCGAUACGACUGGCCAAGGAUAAAGGAAAAUCUGUUGGCCGGAAGUUUCGACCAAAUGCUUUACCGUCUCCUGAAGCAGCAAAAGGAGGACCGUGAGAAGGAAGGGGUAAGCGCGGACAAGGAUCAAGCCGUUUACAAGACCCUAACCGACAUGCGGAACAUGAUGGCGGACAUGAAGGAGGAAAGGCUAAAGCUACAGGUGAUGAUGGUCCAGACAAAAGGUGGAAAAAGGAAGGGCAAAGCACCCGUUGUGGAGGAAGUGAGUGGUAGCAGCAGUGAAGAGGAAGAUGAGGAGGAAGAGGAGCCUUCUCGAAAAUUGACCAAAGCAGAAGGGAAGGCUCUGAACCAGAUACGAGGAGGGCAGGGCACUAGUAAGAAGCAGCGGAAGAAUAAUGGAGGAGGUGGACAAGGAAGUAAUCAGGAACAGGCGGCUCCAACCCCUCCUCAGCAACCCCAACCUCGGGCAGGAGGCCGAGGUCGAGGCCGAGGUCGAGGUAAAGGACAAGGCACUGGGGGAGGCCGAGGAAAUGGGGGCGGCCGAGACAAUUGGCAGAAUUGGUUUUGGAAUCUCAUCGAUCCCAAUGUGGAGGGAGGAAUGAGAAAGGAAGCUUUUCGACGUAUGGGGCGAGAUCUUCCAGCAACUUUUCGACUGCCUUCUCCGGAAGAGGUUGAACAGAUUGAGUUGGAAGCGACGAUGGAGUCAUUGACAAUUGAGGCUGCCAAGGCCGGAAAUGGAGGUUUGAGCAAAGGGCAGGAAAAUAUACUGCAACGAGCUCAGACAGUGAUCGGAAAAAUGAAACGAUGCAGGAAAACUUUUGUUCAAGUAUGUGCGGAUAUGGAUGAAGAGUGGCCCCGGCUUCCCCAAGUUUUUCUGUUAGGAGGAUGGGACAGAGACGGCCAAAGAGGUCUUACUGAUGUUACCGCAUCACAACCUGGAUUGUCGUCGGCGGGGCGUUUGAUGGCCACCACGAUCUUGUCCCGCCCUGCGCUCAAGCGACCUGCCACUGCUGGCCUCCCACAGGCUCGGAGGGCUCGAAGGUCGCCGCGGCCAAGGGCAACGCCAGAAGGAGGGCCAAGCCAGCCUCGGGAAACCGAGACGAUUUCGAUUGAAGAAGACGAUGGCGAGGAGGAUGAAUUGCUGCGAGCCGAAGAUGAGAGGCAGGCCAAACAACGAGCCGUGGAGAGGGAGCCAGAAACGGGCAGGGCUGAUGUUGGGGAAGGAGAGCUGAAAAAGAAAAAGCAAGUCUACACAAUUCCAGUAGAGCAAGGGAUGGGUAUUGAGCAAAUCGUGGAUCGGAUUUUGGAAAGCCAGCGUGAUUUGUUCACGCUCAAGGAGUUCUUGGCCGCGUCACCCAAAAUCUGAGAGGAGUUCAGACAUCGACUGUCAAGGAAAAAGGUGAUGACGGUUAAGAUGAGUGAUAUCUUUCCUCAAGAGAUUAGUUGGGCUCCUCCUGGGACAAAAAUGGACUGGCACUGUGUAACAACUGGGUUGUUGAAAGUGCAAGUUGGGCCAUGUGAAUAUUGAGCUCUCAUCGAUGAUGGAGUUGAAAUGAACAUUAUACGAGAAA